AUGCCCGAAGACAAGACCAUCGCUGUUCCAUCUCCUACGGCCUUCUCCCAGAGCGAAAUCCGGGAACGGACGUUUAACCUAGCCUACAAAAUCUUGGAUACUCUCGGACUCCGCAUCUCUAGACUCAAUGACUUGGAGGCCCUUCUCGGUAACAUCGUCGAUACUCCUGAAACCGAGAAUUGUUGCCCACGUCCUGAUUUCGGCCCCAUGGCAGAAGAAUGCAUGAGCAAACUCCAGGGCCUUCAGCAGCUUGUAGAUGAGCGCCUGUUUGCCGGAAAGGCCUUCAUGCAACCCGUCGCCUUCGAUAGGCACGUCUCCUGGAUCACCCGUGAGGUCGAAAUGAGCAUCUCACGUACCAGAGGGUUUAUUGAGUGGGCUUUAGGGAAGCGCCCCGGCGAGAUUCCUUCGGAAAGACGCCUGCUGGCAAAGGGACCAAUGUAUAUGAACCUCGCCGGUCUCUAUGGCUCUUCAGAACUGCCAUCGCUGGCGACUUCAUUCGAUAGCAAGUCCUCAGACGAGGUCUUGCAGCAGGUAAAAGGCGUUCUCGAGACCCUCGAACUUCUUUUUGAACACGCCAAGGCCAUGACGCUGAUACUCCUCUCCUACGGCAAAGACAGAUUUUGGGAUGCUAAUGGGAUUCGUCACUUCCUUGAUUGCGCGGAGCAUUUGGCAUUCUUGCAGGGGUUUGUGCACAAUUCCCAGCGUGAUGGCCUGGCAAUCACCAAGUUCAUGGUUGACAAGUUUGACCAAUCCGCUGCCAGACUCGAUUGCUGUAUAAGAGCCUUUAUCAUGGCUUACGACACUCUUCCCAUGGGGGAUGUUCCAACUCAACAUGACAUAUCGUCACUGCAAGCUUCAUGCAAAGGCAAGAACCUUGACGGAGUUUACGCCCAGUAUAAGAGAGAUGAUAAGGCUAUGGAUUUGCUUUUCCGAAAAUACUGGAAAGUGAGGAAUCAUGCCGUAAAUCACGACCCGGCCGCGGCCCAGGAUUUGGAGGGCUGUGCCGAUACUACGGCUAUCCGAAAACGCCAGAUGGCUGCCGAAACCCUAAGGGAGAGAACUAGUAGAGGUGCGUGUUCUUGGAACAGCGGUUGUUCUAAGGCCUUGGGCCCUGACUUCAUCAAGGACGCCCUCGCGAUUCUUAACGGCCUACUCAGGGCUGACAUGGUGGCCUUGGAGAAACUCAUUUCGGGUCUCAAGGUAUUGUGCCCUAACUAA